CAUGAGCCACAUUCCAAGUGGAAUGUCAGAGAGGGAAAGUCCAACUGCAAACUUACCUGCCUAGGUAUAUACCCCUCUUAAAUGUCCUUCUUUCUUCCUUUGGUGCUAGGGAAAGGAAUCACCAGAACUUUCCAAGGAAACUUAACUGUUGCUGGUCUGCCCCACUGAAUUCAGAGGUGUUCGUGAUUACUAAAUUGGGAAGAGCAAGGCUGUCACCAGGUAUACACAGUUUCACAGCCAUGCCAUCUCAUUAUGACCUUACCAGCCUAUGGUGACAUCAAAUCCCUGAUUAUUAGAACCAUAGCUUUGGUAAAUUUCUGAGAUCCCAAAUUGUCCAGCUAGCAGGGACUGAAGAGGGUAACCUGGGUGGUCAGGCCUGGAGAGAAAAUUCCCCUAAAAAGUGCUGAAGAAAUGGCUGUCAUACCCGCAAAUCUAAAUGACGAGAUGUCUCUGCAGAUGAAGACAGAUUGGAAGGAACAACAGGUGACUGAGAAAAAUAAUGGCAUUCUCCAAAACCUCAACGGGGCGGAAGGUGCAAUGCAGAAUUUGCUAAAGGAAAUUACCAAAAUAAACCACGUCUUGGACAUAUCAGAUGAUGAGGACGACAGUUUCUCUGAAAACCCUCAAAAUGACUUCCCGCACAAGGUGGACACGAAAACAUGGGAUACUUCGGAGCUGGAGUCUGAGUACGGCCAGGACCCUCAGAGCGAUGAACAGGAUGAGCAAGAAGCAGAUACUGUUCGUGAGGACGCUCAAGAGUCCACAUCUGUGCCGUUUUCAGAGGAGAACACCCCUGAAUUGUGUCAGGAGACCAUGUUCUUCAGGCUAAACUGCUGGAAUACAAAGAUGAACUUGCAAGUGCAAGAACCUGGAGCUGAUCAUAUAGGUUGGAUGGACAAAAUUAACAAUAUUAUACAAAAAAUAAAUGUAACAGAAAGCACAGUGAAGAGGUAAUUGUAGAGUGCUGGG